CACGUGUUGAACAGAGAGAAAAAAGGAGAGCAGCUGAGAUGGCCGAAAAAUCCUUUCCAGGGAGACGAAGAAGAGACAGCAAGGAUGAACCUCCAGACCUGAGGCUGGUUCUCGUUGGGAAAACUGGAUCAGGAAAGAGCUCCAGUGGAAACACCAUACUGGGAAGAGACGCCUUCGGUGCAGCUGUCAGUCAGUCCUCAGUAACCAGGCAGUGCAGUAAGCAGACAGGCGAGGUGUUGGACAGACAGCUGACCAUCGUGGACACUCCCGGACUCUUUGACACGUCGUUACCUGAACUCACCGUGAAGAGAGAGAUCUCCAAAUGCAUCAACAUGUCGGCCCCGGGGCCCCACGCCAUCCUGCUGGUCAUCAAGGUGGGACCGUUCACCAAUGAAGAAGAAGAUGCCGUCAGGCAGGUGGAGGAGAUGUUUGGAGAGGACGCCUGGAGGUACACCAUCAUCCUCUUCACCCAGGACGAGAAAACUGGCGAGGACAUCGAGCACCAGCUGCAGGAGGCUGGACCAGAGCUGCAGACGGUCCUGAAGAAGGCAGGAAACAGAUACCACGUCCUCAACAACGAUAGGACCAACGAUCGGGGACAGGUCCUGGAUCUGGUAGAGAAGGUGGAGGAGAUGGUUGGUGCCAACGGAGGACAGUUCUACUCCAACUACAUCUACGAAGGGGCGAUGGAGAUGCUGCUUCAGAGAGAGGCUGAACUCAAACAGCUUUACGAGGAGAAAAUGGAGGAAAAGAUCCAAUCUGUGAAGUCAGAGUACGAGAAGAAGCUGAGUGGAGCUGUAGAGGAGCGCCAACAGGUGGAGAAGAGACUGCAGUGUGAGCUGCAGGAGGUGAAGAGGUAUUAUGGUGUCUUAGAGAGCGGAGUCCGUCAUGUUGUGGAGCAGACGGUAGAGACUGACUCCAUGGAAGACAUCCUCAAGUUUCACAUGGCCCUAAAACUGAAGCUCACCUCUUAAACGUUUCUUCUGACACUUUCUCAUCCCUAAACGAAUGCCAAGGACUCCAAUCGAUAUAUUCAAUUCAGUUUUAUUCAUAGUAUCAGAUCAGUAUCAGGAGUUAUCUCAGGACACUUUACAGAUAGGCUAGGUCUAGACCACUCUCUAUAAUUCACAGAGGCCCAACAAUUCCCCCCAUGAGCAAGUACUUGGUGCUACAGUGGAGAGUAAAAACUUCCUUUAAAACAGACAGAAACCUCGGACAGAACAAUACUUUUGGUUGGCGGCCAUCUGCCUUGACUUUAUAAAAAUAGAUUGUUUUAAGCAUGGGACCAUCUAUUUAGCGCAACAGUUGCAGUUUUAAACACAUAGAUAACGUUGUGGAGAGUUUGAAAUUUUGAACAUAACUAGUAACUAAAAUAGUUAGGGUUAUGAAAAGAUGCGGGAGUGGUUUAAAUGAGUCUGGGACCUAUUUAGACACACAUAUGAUGAUAAUAACGCGCCAAAAUGAUGAGAAAAAGAGACGCAAAACUACCACAAAGAGACAAAAAAUGUAUGGGGAAAUUGUUUUUUCUUUUUUUAUUGAAAAACAACACAUUUUCUUGAGGAAGGAUGCCUAAACCUCCCCGCCAAAUAUGCAAACAUAUGUCUUCCACAAACGGAGAAAAGCCGUGCUGCUGAAUGGACCUGUAGGGCCGUGUUCUGGGUGAGGACAGUCUGUUGUUUCUGACACUUAAAUGAAACUAUGAGGUGACACUUGGUGACAGAGACAUUCAACAUUAACACACGGUAAGCACUGCCAGGACAAGUCAGCUGACUGUUAUCAUGUGAAAUGCAUAUAAAUACAUGUAUCAGACAUGAACUUAGUGCUACUACAUGGUGGUUGUUAAAUGUCUCCUGAUGAGGUUUAUAUCUGUACAUGACGAUGAUAUCUGUUUGGUUUUUAAUAAAGACGAUUAAAUGUGAAAA